AUGGGCACCCCCGCCGAAGAGGCCCCAGAGCGGCUCAAAGACACUUCCCCAGGCAUUAGACAUGCAGAAGCCUUGGGCGAGCUUGUUGCCCUGGAGCAAGAUGCCCCCUAUGAGCAAGAUGCAGAGGCAGCUACAGCUGCAGCUGCGGCAAGUGCCUUUAUUGCAGCAGCUGCAAGUGGAAUUACUGCUUCUGCGGAUGAGCUGCUGCAGUGGCCGCCUAAGACAAUGCUGUGGAGGGACAGGACGCCAGCGGAGAUCCUGUCAGCAGCUGCAGCACACCAACAACAUUGGCUGCUGCCUCUCCACUGGCAGCAGCAGCAGCAGCUGCUGCUGCCCUUAGGGGAGACUCGGAUAGAUAAGGCCCUCGGCGGGGGUCUGCCAGCUGCGAUGCUUGGCGAGAUCUGUGGAGCUGCGGGAAGCGGCAAAACGCAGUUUGCGCUGUCGCUUGCUGCUGAGUGCGUGCUGCAACAGCACUUGAUGCAGCAGCAGCAGCAAAGCCUUCUCGCAAACAGGGCCAGCAGCUUUAAUAGCAGCAGCAACGCCAUGGGAGUGGUGUACUACAUACAUUCCGAGGGAGCGUUUCCAGCAAGUCGCCUCGGCGAGCUGCUGCACCAGAGAUUAUUGCGAAGAUCCCCCUACCCACCCUCAGAGACCGCAUCAACAGCAGCAGCAGCAACGGCAGCCGACUUGCUGCAGCAAGUCUUGGUGGAAGAAAUAAACUGCGAAGAGGAGCUUGUCUCGUGCGUGCUGUACAAACUACCGCGGUUGCUGGUCUCGAAGGGCCGCCUGGUCCUCGUUGUGAUCGACUCCGUUGCUGCCCUGCUAAAGCCCAGCGCUGCCACAGCAGCAGCAGCAACAACGCACAACAGCAAGCUCGCCCGGCUUGCUGCGCUCUUGAGGCGAGUUGCUGCAGAGCAUACCUGCUGUUGCCUCGUGAUUAAUCACGUCUCCGCUGUGCUUGAUGCCUGUUCUACACUUUCUGCCGGUCCUCCUAAUGCCGCUGCUGGAGCACCCAGGAGGAAGCAUCAGGAGACAGAGAACGCUAAGCGGUGUAAGCUUAGUGACGGGCAGAAUCAUCAGCAGCCCCAUGGAUGGCCAAUAGCUACUGAGGCUACUGCAUCAACAGGUCCUCCCACAGAACUUCGUGCUGCUUUAGGGGAGUUAUGGGGAAGCUGUCUUCACUACCGCCUCUUUCUCUCGCGCGUAUCUACCCACUGUACCACGGAAGAAGCUGCCGACAUGACGGAUGCUCCGCAGCGCCAGCAGACAUACCGGCCUUUUGGAAGCAUGCGAUACAUGCAUUUGCUCUUCGCGCCGCAUCUUGCUCCUUCAUCCACGCCCUUUGCUGUGACGGAAGCCGGUGUCAUUGAUGUAUGA